CGCACCGUUUAAGGAGAAGAAGGACAAACGAAAAGGCUCCAAGUAGCAGCGAACGCACAGUAACGCACGGGAACAGAAGAGAAGAACAGGGAGUUUCGACUGCCGCCGCAAAUGGCCGGGAAAGGUGGAGCAACCCCAAGCACUUACGCGCCGUCUCCGACGACCCAGAAGACCAAAUCUCUAAUUUUUGGAAACAACGACGUCGAUUGGGUCCGCUCCGACGGCCGUGAAUUCCACCAAUGCCGACCUGCCUUUUUCAAGACUGGUGCUGUAAAUUGUGCUUCAGGAUCAGCUUAUGCAGAGUUUGGAAAUACCAAGGUCAUUGUUUCUGUAUUUGGACCAAGAGAGAGUAAGAAGGCAAUGAUGUACAGUGAUAUAGGACGCUUAAAUUGUGAUGUCAGCUAUACAACUUUUGCUACUCCAGUUCGUGGACAGGGGUCGGACCACAAAGAAUUUUCGUCUAUGCUUCAUAAAGCUUUAGAGGGUGCAAUAAUAUUGGACACUUUCCCGAAGACUACUGUGGAUGUUUUUGCAUUGGUGUUAGAAUCUGGGGGCAGUGAUUUUCCUGUAAUCAUAUCAUGUGCUAGCCUUGCCCUAGCAGAUGCCGGGAUAAUGAUGUAUGACCUUGUUGCUUCAGUUUCUGUGUCUUGUCUCGGAAAGAACCUUGUCAUUGAUCCUGUUUUGGAGGAGGAAAGCUACCAAGAUGGAAGCUUAAUGCUGACUUGUAUGCCUUCUCGCUAUGAGGUCACCCAAUUAACUAUCACUGGGGAAUGGUCAACCCCAAAACUUAACGAGGGAAUGCAAAUUUGCCUGGACGCGUGCGCAAAGCUUGCGGAGAUCAUGAGGGCAUGCUUGAAGGGGACUAAUUCGACCUUGGAAGAAUCAUGAGGGCAUGCGUGGGAGGACGUAAUCGGUUAAUUCAACCUUGGAAGAAUGGAGGCUUGCAAGGACCUUAUUCUACCUUGGAAGGACGAUAAUUUUGUCAAUUGUAAUCGUUAGUUUUUCUUGUAAGUUGUAAGGAACAAAUUUUGAGUUAUUAUAUAGGAGAAAGAUUUGACCCUUAAUUAUA